CUGCUGCGAGCAGGGUGGAUUUCUGAGCUCGGGAAAGUGAAACUAACCCAGUAGCAGUGUCCAGAGGGAGCCAUGGCCGCAGAAAACCCCGUGGACCGUCUCCAGGAUGAAGCUAGCUGCCCCAUCUGUGGGAAGUAUUUUAAAGACCCAGUGAUUAUAGACUGUGGGCACAGUUUCUGCCGAGCCUGCAUCAACCAGUGCUGGGAGGGUCGGGAUACAAGCUUCUCCUGUCCUCAGUGCAGAGAAAUCACUCAGCAGAGAAACCUGAGGCCGAACCGGCCCCUGGCGAAUGUCCUCGAACUAGCCAAACGGCUGAGUCUACAGGUGAUGAAGGAUGCAGGAGGGGAGAGCGCGUGUGGCGAGCACCGGGAGCCUCUCAAACUGUUCUGUGAAGAGGACCAAACCCCGAUCUGCGUGGUGUGCGACAGAUCCCGGGCUCACAGAGCUCACACGGUAGUUCCCAUAGAGGAGGCUGCCCAGGACUACAAGGGAAAGAUUCAGGCCCAUUUGGAGACUCUGAGGGAAGAGAGAGAGAAGCUGCUGGGAUUUAAAGUGACUGGCGAGGGGAAAAGCCAGGAGUACCUGCUACAGACACAAACCGAGAGGCAGAAGAUUGUGGCUGAAUUUCAGCAACUGAGGAAGUUCCUGGAGGAACAAGAGCGACGUCUGCUGGCCCAGCUGGAAAACCUGGAAAAGGAGAUUGUGAAGAUACAGAAUGAAAAUGUCACUAAACUCUCUGAGGGGAUUUCCUGUCUCAGUGACCUGAUUAGUGAGAUGGAGGGGAAGUGUCAGAAGCCAGCGAGUGAAUUCCUGCAGGAUGUCAGACGCACCUUGAGCAGGUGUGAGAUGGGGAAGUUCCAGCAGCCGGUGGGGCUUUCUGCUGAGCUGGAAAAGAGAUUCAGCGAUUUCUCCCAGAAAAAUUUUGCUCUACCAGAGACUAUGAAGAAGUUCAAAGACAUGCUGCGCUCUGAACUGGAGGUAAAAAGAGGGAAAUCCCCGGGAUCAGACAGACCAGCGAAUGUGACCCUGGAUCCAGAUACGGCUCAUCCCGAACUCGUCCUGUCUGAGGAUCGGAAAAGUGUGAGAUGGGGAGACACAUGGCAGGAUCUGCCCGACAAUCCUGAGAGAUUUGACGCUGAUCCCUGUGUGCUGGGCUAUGAGGGAUUCACCUCAGGGAUACAUUCCUGGGAGGUGGAGGUGGGGGAUGGAUUGUUCUGGGCUGUGGGGGCGGCCAGAGAGUCUGUGAAGAGGAAGGAAGGGAUCAGUUAUAACCCUGAGGGCGGGAUCUGGGCAGUGGAGCAGUGUUGGUGGGGUCAGUACCAGGCUCUCACCUCCCCUGUGACCCCCCUGCCCCUGAGCUGGGUCCCCAGGAGGAUCCGGGUUUCACUGGACUAUGAAUGUGGGCAGGUGACAUUUUUCGACGCUGAUAACGAGACUCCGAUCUUUGCUUUCCCACCAGCAUCUUUCAAUGGGGAGAGAAUCCGCCCCUGGCUCUCAGUGGGGUUGGAAACCCAGUUCAGAUUGUGUCCCUGAGACAUAGGGGGAAUAUUCCAGGGUGUGUCGGCCUCUCUAGCCUCACACAUACUAGUCUCCAUGACCCUGGAGGACACCAGUCUUCCUGAAGGCUCCUGGGGUCUCAGGUCCGGACUGUCAAACCACAGAGAUCAGGGAGUGCUUGAGGCAAAAAGAUCAAUCUCAUUGCCCCAUGGAUUGUCCCGCCUGUUUGUCGCUGUCCUCUAUGGUCCAGGAGGACUCUGGGGAUCCUGGGUCAGACUGGGUCACUGAGAUAUUGGGGGAGUAGCCCUCUGGGAAUUAAAAAAAAAAAAAAAAAAAGGGCUUCUCUAGCCACCAUCAUCCUAGUAUCUAUGACCCUGGAGGACUCUCAGUUGUCUAGCUUCCUGCCUCAUCUUUAUGACCCUGGAGGAAUCCUGUCUACCCAACCCCCGAUACCUCAUCUCUGUGACACCUGGGAACUCCUCCCCCCACCCCACCCCCCUGCAGCCCCAGGGAUGGGAAGAGGGAGGGGUGAAGAACCCCUGGAGCUGCAGGAGGAGCAGAUGGGCCCCAAGGGGCAGAUGUGGGGGCGGCGGGGUCAGAACGGAUGGAGGGACAGGAGGCAGAAGUGAUGUGGGGGCUGGGGGCAGAAUUAAUAGCUGGGCAGGGGACAGGAAGCUGUGGAGGUGGCAGGGACGCAGAGUUAAUUAAUUAAUUAGGGUUUGGGUCCUUGGGGGAAAGAUGGAGGCUCCGCACCAGCAGGGAGCCUGGGAGAAGGAGACCCAGUGACUGAAGCGUGUGAUCUCCAUGCCCUCAAGGAAAGGGAUGCUAGGGUGGGAAAGAGUUUGGGGUUUUCUGGAAGGGAAAAGAAAAAUAAAGGAAAUAAACAGAGACGCAAGGGGGAGGUGGAGGGAGGCUGAAGUGAAGAGUCAAAGCAAAGCCAUCGAGCUCAGCGGGCAGCAAGAGGUGAGAAGAUAAACUCAGGGGAGAGAACUGGCAAGGUGAGGUGGAGUGGUCUGUGAUCGGGAACAGAGAAGACUGAGGGGAACGCAGGGAAAUAAAUAGGGAUGGAAAACAAGGGCCAGAGACAAUGGGGUGUAAAAUUGAAUCAAAUGAAAGAAAAGGGAGAAGAAAAGAGCAUGAGAGAGGCGAGGGAGUUUUUUAAAGUGUUACUGACGGUGAGACUGGUUAUGGAACUUCCCUCUCCGCUCCUUUGAAGCCUAACUUUUACUUAUUGUAAAUGAAGCAUAUUUAUUCCUUGUUUAUUUCCUUUUAAUUUCCUAGCUGCAAUUUUGGAAGGCGGUCAUGGGCUUCCCCCCGGCCUUUUCCCCAGUUGGUUAUAUUCACUCCCUCUAGCCUCACACACCCUAGUCACUAUGACCCUGGAGGACUAUUGUCAUCCUGCAGACGUUCUACUGGGCCGUCUCUGUGACCUUAAAUGCUACAAUCUUUUUGUACUGUCAAACCAUAGAGAACAGGGAAUGAUUGAGAUGGAAAAGGCCAUUUCCUUACCCUGUGGCUUGUGUAGCCUGUUUUUCACUCCCCUCUAUGAUCAAGGAGGACUCUAGCAGCCUUUAGGGUCAGACCCUGAUAGAUAGGGACCCAGGAGUGGUGGAAUGAAGGUGAAGGGAACAGAAAAUGACAGACAUAUAGGAGCGUGACCAUGAGCUUAAUAAAUGCUGUUGAAAGCGACAGUGUCAUUCAUGUGAUGCAGUAGAUCAUCAAAAGUGGAGCCAUUUAAAAGUCUUUACAAAUCACACUUUGCACAAAUUGGGUCUGUUUCUUUUUUGAUGAUUAAAUAAUCAGUCCAAGGUAGAAGAUGUCCUCACGUUGAUAGUAAACGAACACUGUUCAAUCCACGUAAAGUUAUUUUCUGCUUGGCGUUCCUCUCAUUCUGAUGUGCUAUUAUUGUGUUGUUGAACGGCUUGGAUAGAACCAGGGCAUUUGAUUCCUCACUGACCAAACCACUUCUAGAAAAAAGCCUGAACGUUCAGACGCUGGGAGUGUGGGCAUUACUAGGCGAUGUAUUUCUUCUACUCUCUCGGGCUUGUGCUGUCUUUCAAGAAAAAGCUUUGCUAAGGUUGUGGCCACACAAUUCUGCCAAGCUGUCCCUGCCCUUCCUGAACACGAUAGUUCAACUAGCCUAACCACAAAGGUUGGAAAAAAUGACAUUAAAUUCCCUCUCCCAUAUUCCAAAUGGCCAUAGCAAGAGGUGCUGAUGUCUAGGGGUGAGUCACUGAUGUAUAAGCGUGCCCCAUGAGACUGCCCCAGUACAGAGUUCCAGUCACUCCAUUCAGGAGCUGCACGGACCGUCAUUCAGGGGACUGUGUAUUCAAGCACGUUGUGGGUGUUCAAGCUUCCUUUUCCCCCCUGAGCAAUCAAAUCUUUUCUGAGUUUUCUUUCUGUUGCAGAGCAGCUGCACAGAAAGCUGGGUAAUGAGCAGGCCGUCUUUUGAGUUCAUGCUUUGCAUUAGAAGUUUCCUCAAGUUAAAAAGUCCAGAGGCUGAAGCAGGAAAAGAAAACAGUAUUUUAAGUAGAGUCCCAGAGAGAUCCACUUCUUGGUGCUUUAGUCAAGGCCUCUUCAAGAGGGACUUGCCCAUGGGCAAUUUGGCCUAGAUCCACAAAGGUACAUAGGUCAGGUCUCUGCUAGGAAAUUAGGUCAGUAUAACUGUGUCGUUCAGGGGUGUGACCAGCUUUGUUCAAGGAAACAGGUCUCAGGAACGUUCUGUAAAUCAAUAAAUUACACUAAAAUACCCUGAAAUCUCUGCUGACGUUGGAGCUGAGAAAGGGGGUUCAGUGGGUUUCUUGCAACCUGCUGUCCUGAUUCUGUCCCUGUUUAGGAUUGCUCCAGAUUUGUCCCACUAUGGGUAGCAAUUGGGAAAGCCUGGAAGUUCCUGGUGGAGGGGGCGUCCUUGGGUGACAUAUUUCUGGUUUUGGUUCUCACAAUGGACCAUAAAUGAACAGCUAAACAGGAACAUUCUUGUUCUUUUCUUUAAAGAAUCCCUUGUCUUUGAGCUCAAUGUAUGGUAUCCCUUUUGUUAUUAAAGUUUCUUUGUCAUUUUGGUU